AUGUCAGUGUGUUUUCAGUAUCCACUUGCUCCUGCACCACCAACUCUCUGUCGGUACACUGGUGACAUGCACAAAACUGACAAGUCUGCCCUUGCAAAAAUACUGAAAGCACAAGUUCAGCCGUCCCUGCCUUCGAACGUCGACGUGGACAUUAUCGAUGGCUUUUACCUGUUGCAUCUUGUAGGUGCACAUGGCCCUCAAGCACUUGAAAAAAUAUUUGAAUCGAUCCUAAUGAAAAUCUGCAAGACCAGUGCGUCGGAUAUUCAUUUAGUUUUCGAUCGAUAUUUUUCUUCAUCCAUAAAAGAUUGUGAACGCCGAAAUCGCAGCGAGCAAGAUACUGAGUACUGUAUUGCUGGACCUAAGCAGACCAGGCCGACAAAUUUUCAAAAAAGUUUGAAAAGUCGUCGGUUUAAAGAAGGUCUUGUGUCUUACCUCUCUGAACAUUGGGGAAGUAACUCAACAGCAGUGGUACUAAUAAUCGGAGGUAAGAAAGUGUUUAUCACAGUUGAGGACAAGUGUUUUGUGUACGAAUGUGGGAACGGUAGUAUACAGAAAAGCCGGGCACCCGAAUACGAAUGUCAUCACGAGGAAGCAGACACGCAUAUAAUUUACCACGUCGAUGCGAUUGCAAGAUCGAAAGAAAAAGUAAGUAAAAAAAAAAAAAAAAUUGCAGGAAAGGAAGAGUACCGCGCGAGAGAACUGUUUUACGCGCUCUGGAUUCCGGAUUUGUUUAUGAAACGCGUUUUGGAGGACACUACUUGGUCUCUGAUGUGUCCACACGAGUCGCCGGGUCUGGCGGACGUUUGGGGCGAGGAAUUUGAGGCGUUGUACACGAAAUACGAGAAGGAGGGCAAUUUCCGGCGGCAGGUCAAGGCCAGAGACUUGUGGCAGGCGGUUCUGGUCUCGCAGGUCGAGACGGGAACGCCCUACAUGCUCUACAAGGACCACUGCAACCGGAAGUCGAACCAGCAGAACAUUGGCACGAUCAAGUGCAGCAACCUCUGCACCGAGAUUGUCGAGUACUCCAGUCCGGACGAGGUGGCUGUCUGCAAUUUGGCCUCGAUCGCAGUAAACAUGUUUGUCAAUAGUGCCAGCAAGUCUUUCGACUUUGUCAAACUGAAGGACGUGGCCAAGGUUGUCACGAAAAACCUCGACAAGAUCAUCGACAAUAAUUACUAUCCGAUUCCUGAGGCCGAGCGAUCCAACAGGAGGCACCGGCCCAUUGGAAUUGGUAUCCAGGGCUUGGCAGAUGCAUUUCUUUUGAUGCGUCUUCCAUUUGAGAGCGAGGAAGCUCAGAAACUAAACAUUCAGAUUUUCGAAACUCUGUAUUAUGGUGCCUUGGAGGCUAGUUGUGAAUUCGCCGAAGAGAAAGGUCCUUACGCGACUUACGAGGGAAGUCCAGUCAGCAAAGGGAUUUUGCAAUACGACAUGUGGAAUGUGACACCGACUGAUUUGUGGGACUGGAGCGCGCUAAAGGAGAAAAUAAAGAAGCACGGAGUUCGAAAUUCUCUCCUGAUUGCUCCAAUGCCAACGGCCUCGACCGCACAAAUUUUGGGAAACAACGAGUCGAUUGAGCCCUACACGAGCAACAUCUACUCGAGGCGAGUCCUCUCGGGAGAAUUUCAGGUGGUCAAUCCUCACCUUCUCAAAGAUCUCACGGAACGCGAUCUCUGGGAUGAAGAUAUGAAGAAUGAGAUCAUCGCCAACAAUGGUUCGGUCCAGAGCAUUGCAGCGAUCCCGAACGAUUUGAAGGAGCUCUAUAAAACCGUGUGGGAAGUGAAGCAAAAGACUAUUUUAAAAAUGGCAGCUGACCGAGGCGCCUUCAUUGAUCAGUCGCAGUCCUUGAAUGUUCAUAUGCUUAAACCAACAACGGAAACGCUCACGAGUAUGCAUUUCUACGGCUGGCAAAUUGGAUUGAAAACCGGAAUGUACUAUUUGCGCACGAAGCCUGCAGCAAAUGCGUUGCAAUUCACAGUCGAUAAGAGCAAAUUAAAAAGUAGCGAAGCCGUCGCCAAUGGCACUAGUCCGAAUAAGAAGGAUGUGAAGGAGGAAAAAAUUGAAGAUUACGAGGCUCUGGUCUGUUCUCGUGAAAAUGGAGAUAACUGUAUGUCCUGCGGAUCGUAGAUACAAUCUGCAAUCAAUCUGCAAUCUACAAUCUGCAAUUUGCAAUCUGCAGCAGUAUUUUUUUAUACACCAAUUCUGUGAAUGAGAGGAUUGAUUAUUUUAUUAUUAUUAUUCUCGAGAGAAAGAGGGAGAGAGAGA